UCUGCGAGGCGGAGAUAAGGGCGAAGCUCGAGGCGGAGCCGCAGAGAGCAGCCGCCUGGAAGCGGAUGAUUCACGGCGGAGUACGGAGACGAUCGGCCGGGCCCGAGCGGAGCGCACUAUGAUGGGAGAGGUCAUGUUCUUACUGUGGCUCACAUGCGUUUGUGUCGUGCACAGCUCGGGGAUGUUGUCUCACGUGGAGCGUUACGAGGUGGUUCGACCUCAGAGACUCCAGGAGAGACACAAGAGGAGCCUUCAGGACCACCUGCAGCUGUAUCCUGAUACAGUUCGGUACGAGUUGGCCAUCGAAGGGAGAAAUCACACAAUUCAUCUGGAAAAAAACAGGAAUCUUAUUGGGAGAGACUACACUGAGACACAUUAUACAGAAGAUGGAAAACGCGUGACAACAUCACCAAAAGAGGAUCACUGCUACUAUCACGGCCACAUCGAAGGCGUGGAGGACUCUUCAGUCAGCGUGGGGAUUUGUCCUGGUAUUAGCGGCUUCGUGAGAGCUCGGCAGCAGGUUUACCUGAUUGAGCCUCUGGGACAGACGGACAAUGGCGAUCAUGCAGUUUACAGACAGGAGCACCUGAAGAUCAGCGGUGAGCUCGGCUGCGGCUCUUCAUCCAACAGCACCAUGCUCUACGACCAGGACCAGAGCCCUCAGGUCGCUGGCCUCUUCAGGUCCAGAUCAUGGAAAUCUAAUGUCAUGCCAAGUACUCAGAGGUUUGUUGAGCUGUUCGUGGUGGUGGACAACACCGAGUAUAAACAGUAUCUAACUGAGACUAAAUCCCGCAUCCUCGGAGUUGUAAAUCACAUCGAUAAGCUGUAUCGCCGUCUGAACAUCCGCAUCCUGCUGGUGGGUUUGGAGAUUUGGUCAAACAGGGACCUCAUCGACGUCAGUGGCAGUUCAGAAGCUACUCUGGACAAGUUCCUGUUGUGGCGUCAGGCUGACCUCCUCCCGAGGAUAAAGCACGACAAUGCUCAGUUUGUGACUGGGAAGGAUUUUGAUGGGGACACAGUCGGACUGGCAAAUAAGUUCGCCAUGUGUACCGGAAACUCAGGAGGAGUCAAUCAGGAUCACAAUGAAAACCCAAUAGGCCUCGCUUCCACUAUCGCUCAUGAGAUGGGACACAACUUUGGCCUUUCCCACGAUGCUCCAGGCUGCAUGUGCAGUUUGUCCUACAGCAGUGAGGACUGUGUCAUGGCAGAAAAGCUUAGGACAAAAAAUGAAGCAUUCCCAGAGUUUUUCAGCAGCUGCAGUGUGGCUCAGCUUACCGAGUUCCUGGAACGAUCUCAGCCUAGCUGCCUGCAAAAACCCACCUCCGUCAGGACCAUCGCUGUGGGCCCCCUCUGUGGGAAUGCCAUGGUGGAGCCCGGAGAGGAGUGCGACUGCGGCACUGUGGAGGAAUGUAACAACCCUUGUUGUGAUGCCUCGACUUGUCGCCUGACUGCAGGAUCCCAGUGUGCUCACGGGGAGUGCUGUGAAAACUGUCAGUUUAAGUCUUCUGGAAGCGUGUGCAGGGAGUCUGUUAGUGACUGUGACCUGCCUGAGUACUGCACCGGACAGUCGCCCGAUUGUCCUGAAGACAGCUUUGAGAUGAACGGCAAACCCUGCUACAAAAAGGCCCAGGGCAGUAACCCCAUCCAGGGCUACUGCUACAACGGCCAGUGUCCCACCCGAGAGCAUCACUGCUGGAGGCUUUUUGGACCAGGGGCUCGAGAAGCACCAGAUGUAUGUUUCAACCUGAACCGACGGGGCGAGGAAGGCGCUAACUGUGGGAGGAACAAAUUCAGCUUCAUUCCCUGUGCUGCACAGGAUGUUAAGUGUGGAUCGAUGUUUUGUGUAGAAGGAGGUGAUUGUAUCACAGGUAAACGGGCAAGCUACAACACAAUUGGCGUAGAGUGUAAACUCGCUGUGGAUGAUGAUAAGAUGAGAAACCUGGACAUGGUGCCUAGUGGGACAAAAUGUGGACCAGAUAAGGCUUGCCUCAACAACAGAUGUGUGGAUGUAUCAGUCUAUGGGAAGAGGGAGGACUGUGCAAAGAAAUGCAACAACAACGGGGUGUGUAAUCACAAGAACAAGUGCCACUGUAAUCCCGGCUGGGCUCCACCGUACUGCAACAUCAAGUAUGCAGAUUUACCGCAAGGUCAGAUUGGGAUGAUAGCCGGUGUGUGUGCCGCAGUCUCCAUCCUGCUGGUGGUCAGUCUGCUGAUUGCUGGGCUGAUGUGCUGUAGGAAGGACAACAUGGACAGCUUCAUCUCUAAAAGGAAAGUGCAUUCAGCUGCAGGGAAGCUGAACCCGAUAUUCCAAGGAGGAAGUGUUAAAGAAAGACCUCAGAUCAGUCAGCCCACCUUCAUGGAGACCACAGCAAAGCAGGACUGCACCCCUCUGAUGGUUAGAACGACCCCCUGCAGACCCGCUCCACAGCCACCAAUGAAACCGUCCUCAGAGUCGGCUGCCUCGGAAACUGAGCUGGUCAAACCUCUACCUCCAUGUAAACCUUUGCCACCUCUGAAUAAAGCUCAGAGCAAAACAGCCAAACCAAAUUCUCCUCCCGUACCUCCAGUCAAGCCCUGCCCUCCUCCGGCAGCCAGAAUGAAGCCUGUUGCUCCUCCUCUGCCCCCAGCAAAGCCUCUUGUCCACAGACUCACAUGAAGUUCUCAUCCAGAGGAUCAAGUUGUACCAAAGCGGAGACGUCUACCGUGUAGUUUUAUACUUGAAAGAGGGGCCGUGAGCUGCAUUGGAAAAGUUUACCCUUCAAAGCCGUUAAAGAUGCUGUGCAGACCAAAGCUGAGAAUAACUUUAAAGACACGAGACCAACAGCUGCACAGCUGCUGUGGAAAAGCUGUGAUUUUAUUUUGAUGGGGCUCCUUUUAAAACAGACUGCCACUGUUCUUCCUGUGUAACGUAAAGUUCUUUCACUGUACUUUUAUAAGAUGUUCUUUUACAUUAUUUAUUUAAUGAGCAUCUGAGGGACUGUAUGAAAAUUAAUAGGUGGGUGUUUUUGAGGGGUCUGCAUAUUCUGUCCCUCAUAAUGAGUUCAGUUUUAGCUUAUUUGGGACGCACACAUACACACUCUGCAUGCAAAAGCAGCAAUCUUUUUAUACUAUUAAUGUGACAACGUGACCAUGACAAAGGAUCCUGAUACACAGUUUUUACUCAUAAAUUUGUUACUUUAUGCUCAUCAUUUCCUGCUUUUUUUCACCUCUUGUAGAUUUACCUUAUUUACGUAAAUUAGUUCCUUUUUUCUCACUAAUUUGCUGCUUUCUUCAAAAAGUUACCAGUUUUUUGCAGGCAAAUUUCAGUGGCUCUAAUACGCAGUGAUAGAUGAACAUCAGCAUGCCUGCACAGUUAAGUGUUGAUCCUGAACUGAUGGAGGUGUGUCAGUGUCUUUAAUCUGCUUGCUCCCCAGUAAAAAUAAUCUCUAAUGUCAGAUUGAGCCAAGAUGAAAAACCUCCCACCUAAACCAGACUAAACGUAUGCAGCAGUGCAGACCGUCGUCUGCUGUGAACUACAUGUGAGGAAAGAUAACCAGAGGCAUUAUGGGAGCGGGACAUUCACUGGAAAUUAUGGGACUAAUCUUCAGCAGCAGAUAUGGUGGCAUAGUGCGUGUGUGUGUGAUCCUGUCUGUAAAUGAUAGGUGGAAAAGUUUUGAAUGAAUUAUGAUAAAACUUUGUAGCUGUCAGAGGUCAUGUUAACAAUCUAAAUCUGGCUCACAUCCAGACUUCAAGGUCAACUUUGUGAUUUAUUGGUCCAAAAUGGACAAAAAAACCCUUAAAACUUAGAAUCUAUCUGACCAGUGUGGUGUGUGUGCCAUAAAGUACUAUAAAGAUGUCAAAUAUCCUGUCACCAUUGACCUUUAACUUCUGACCUCGCAUUUACAUUUCUUAUCUGCCUUUAUUUCAAGCUGGUCCCAAAAUGUGUUUUAUCUUUAAAGAGAGGAGAAAGAGAGCGAGCUGCCAGGUUAGUUAGAAAUAUACUGCAGUAUAAUAUACAAUAAGCUCAGAUCAUUACAUGUCAUCAUGACCUGCUCCUACAUAAGGUUUUCCUGCUGCCCUGGUCUGAUUUUACAAACUUCUUAAAGCACUUUAAUAUGAAUACAUACAAAAUACAAUAUUAUUCCCUUACAAUGAAUACUGCUCAGAGAGGCCGCUGCCUCGGAGGAGAUAUGUGCUCUCAGAGUGCUUCUUGUUCAGUUAGUGAAAUACGGCUCUGCUUAUUUUUCUGUCACUCUGGAAUUGACUCAUUUUCAGUUAUUGUUGUGUGAAAACAGCUUCAGAGACCAGCUGGUAAAAGCAGCUGAGCAUUCAGCAGGUAAAUGUUUCUAUCAGGAGGCGGUCGAGACUAAAAACUGAGCUAAAAAAAAACAGGGAUUUUUCCUAAUAAGUGCACACAAACAGCCUCAAAUGAGAGCACCAAAUGUUUGGUAUCUGCUAGUCUGUGAAUUCUUUCUUUCCCAAAGUGGCUGGAAAUUCAUUUUUUUCUUAAUAAACGAAUUAAUAAUGCAACGGUGUUAUUAGCAAAAUUCCAGUGACACAUUACAGGAAGCUUUUUAACUUUCAUGCAGUCCCAUUUUGUGCCUUCUCCAAAGAUGUUUUUGCAUCACUUUGCACUGUACUCAAUGACCUAUGAUGGUUCAUGCCUUCUGUGGACUCUGAGUGUUACUGUGGUUCAGCUUUAAACCUUUUCAUACUCCUUUGUUUGGUAUUAGUCU